UAAUCCAUCGGAUUACUUUAGUGUAGAAAAAUUAUACACAUCAACAUCGGUUUGAGCGUGCACAUAUUUCAAAAGUUAAUUAAACCUUAUUAUGUAACACAAUUUUCUGUUAGUAUUAAAGUAAUUAAAAAAGAUAAUGUAUUUCACUUACCUUAACGUUAUAAGUAAUCUUUCUACAGCACUAAUAGAUACUCUCCAAUUUGUGUGCUUUCUCUGUAAAGCAUUUCUCACUUUGGACAUGAUAAUAUUAAAACACUGUGGAGUCAUUUUAUACACUGUGACAAAACGAUCUGGGUAAUUGUGUAGGUCCUCCAUUAUUUUAAAAAAUCGAUUGUCUUCAUUGCUUAGCCAUACCGGAUGUACCCAGUAACGUCUAACCCUCUGUAUAUUAGCGAGAUUUACCAGUGCUAGUACAUCUUCAUCUUCAGAAGAAGACAUGUCGAGGUGACAAAAUCAGACUGUUGAAUGCCGAAAAUAGUCCUGACUGCGCGACUGCGUCGCGUCCGCGCCCCGUCUCUUCUAUAUAACUUCAAAAGUCGCGUCCGUGUCUCGUCUCCGCCCUGUCCGCGACGCGUCCUCGUCUUACGUCUCUUCUGUCUGGCCUGCGCCUAGAGGUGAUUACGACAACAGAAGUUUGGAUAAAUAAAGUAUACAUUCUUACCGAAUUGUGUACUUUAUUUGGACCCCUACCUACCUACCUGCCGGCCAACCUGACUACCAGGUACAAUAAGUGCCGCAAACUUAUUAAAACAGAAUCAGAAAGUAAAGCAACAAAAGAAACGAAACGUCUUAUGAAAAAUAAACAUAUAAAUAAAACAAACAAACCUAUUACGGACGAAGAUCUUCUUAAAUUUUAUUAGAAGAUUAGGUAGGUACAUUUUAAGAGUUUAUAAAGAUUUAAGUGGGUACCUAGGUAGGUGUUAGAAAAUAUUUCAAAAAGUGCCAAUGAUUAUAAGACUGCCAAUAAGUGCCAAUGAUUGAUUUAUUCCAUUCUAAUACCAAAAACUAAUACCACUGGUAUUUGAUUCAACUCUUAUUUUUUUUCUAUUCCGAACGGAUACCACUUUUUAAAAAAAUUAAUUUAAUGUACGAACGAUUACCAACAACUUGAAUUUGGUACAGUCAGCGCAGUCAAACCUAAUCAAAGUAAAUUUGUUUUUCAAUAUUUUUAUGUAAUUGUAAUAUAAUGCUUAAAACCUUCCAAAUUCACUUCACUCCAAUAUUUUUACAAAGGUUAGCAUAGGUAAGAGUAGUUUUAGUGAAUCAUCUUGCUAUUUUUUUUACCUGCGAGAAAGGGUGAGUUUCUAUAUAUAUAUAUAUAAUCUAUUGUUCAAAAAAUCGAAACAACCAAUCAAAGUCAAGUGUGACUGGAAUGUUGUGCUUUGACUCGGAGAGAAAUUUUAUCUACAUAAAUUCUUCAGUACAUUUCCGUCAGGGGGGGUCAACUAUGUAUGGGCAUUUGGUGAAUACCUAUUGGGGAUCCAAUAGGGUUGCAAGCAAAAUGUAACUUUUUUAAUCCAAUUUAUUGGUAGUUUCAAUGACUCCUUCUUUUGUUACCAUUUUUGAUUAGUUUUAUAUUAUUACAGCGAGAAAAUAAAUAAAAUAUCGGACUUUUGCAGUAACACGUCACAAAACGUGGAUCUUAAACAUUUUUUUACAUAAAUGUCUCUUUUGUGGUAUAUUAUUUUAGCACUAUGGCAGCACUGGAUAUUUUCUACCCUACAAACAUUCAAAAUGGCGGUUGUUGUUGUUUGUUUGCUGUUCGGUUUGUAUCGUUCGUAAAUCAAUCAACACAAUUUUGCUGUAGCAGUUUCCGAUUUGUUCCAUAAUAAUUACAUUAAUUGCGUUGAGUCGAGCCUUUGCUCCUCCGCUAUAGUGUAGAGUUGUGGUUAAAGUCGUUGUGCUGCCGUUUGCUAUUUGAGACAGUGACUCUUAGUACCGUUUAGUUUUCGUCAUUAUUAGUUUAAUUAUGGCUGAUAAUAUUCGACGAAGAUGUCUAAAAUGUGGCCGAUCACCGAAGGAAGAAUCCGACAUUUGCCUUUAUAGAUUUCCUAAACCUGGACCAACUAACAUGUUACGGUAAGGAGUACCCAUUUAUUUCCAUAUAAGUUUAUAUCUUAGUAGUGAAAUGAAGCUCCCACAUACUAGAAUGGUUGCUAAAACAUCCGAUUUCAUCCAGGAAAGUAACAGAAACAAUCCAUCAAACACAAAAAAUUUGAUAACUGCAGUUGUUGCCACCGUAUUAUAACAUUAUCUUUAGUUUAAUAAGUUUGCGACUUAGAAAUUGCUUCCUCUCAAUGAUCAAUUAUUAUUUUGUUACAGUUGUGUGUCAUGGGCCGUGUUUUGUUUUCCUGAUGCUGAUGCCAGUGAGUGGCACUCUGUGGAUGUCCAUAAAAAUCUUUUCCUAAAGUACAAUAUCAAAUACGAUACAGAUAUACAGUCCAAUGUUCAGACAGGACAAAGUAAUUAUUAACAUUUUACCAUCCAAUAAAUUUCAUAUUAAAGAUGUAUGAACUAUGGGUCAUUUUAAUACUUCAUUCUUUACAGGUUUGGCAAAAUGGAGUCACAUCAAACAAUUUUAUGAACUGGAUAGUAAAAAUAUGAAUUUCGUAUUUGCACCGGUUCUUCGUAAACAACAUUUGAAUCCAAAUACAAAAGAAAAGAUGGGGGUAAAGUUGGCUGCUCAAGUUUUUAGCCACUCUGUUGCUGCACAAAAAUAGCCACAGGUAAAUCCAUACUAAUAUUAUAAAUGGGAAAGUGUGUUUGUGAGUUUGUUUGUUUGUCCUUUCUUCACGUCGAAACGGAGCGAGAUAUUGACAUGAUUUUUUGUGUGAAGUUAGCUGGGAGGCUGGAGAGAGACAUAGGCAACUUUUAACCGCGGGAAAACAUCUCAUUCCCUUGGGAAAAUUAAAAAUGUUUAUCGUGGGCAAAGCCGCGGGCGGAAGUUAGUAAAAUAAUAGAUUGUUUUUACUUUUUUCUAUUCACAAUGCAAUUUUUAUUUAGGACUGAUUUUGCAAUACCUAGACAAAGUUUCUUCCAAUUCAAAUUGACAAUGAUCUGCAUUCCAUGUCUUAUUCUUUUCUGAUUAACUACUGAUAUAGUGUUUAUCUGAAGAUUUAUAACACACACCACACACAUCCACAGGCAUAGAUAAGCUACAAAUACUUUUUUAAGGUAAAAAAUAACCAAUAUUUUGUAAUAUUCUUUACCACUAUUAUGAAAAUGUCUACCAACUAGAUACAAAGGUUGUGCUAAGAAGAAUACUUACACCAUGUUUUUUUUUUAAAUGGUAAUAAAUAACUUAGAAAAUGUACUAUUUUUCCCUACUAUGUGGUUUUCAGAAAUAUGACUGACAUGCUAGAAAGAACUACUUUCGAGCACUACCACAACCAAACUCAGUGAUGCUCUGGCAAUUUUUAAACAGUUUAAAAUAUUUUAAUACUUACUACAUAUUAUUUUACUUCCUUUUCUCAAUUGCGAUAGAGCCUAAAUCCCAAAGAAAAAAAUGACUCCUUUAGUGUUAUAAAGUUAGAUUACUACCCUACUUACCCUUACCUUAGAUAUUAAAAAACUACGACGUGUUAGGAAGUAGUGCUCUUCUCAGCAUGACCUUUGUAUCUCCUACAUCUAGUUGGUAGAAAUUUUCAUAAUAGUACAAAAAUGCUUGAGUAUUUUUUACUCAAUAUACUGUAAAGAUACUAGAAAAAAAUCCAUGUUCAUGGCAGGGAGUACAACAGGAUAAAUCAGCCCUUAAUGAAUUAGUAUUGUAAAAUAUCAACUAAAACAUUGCCACAGACAGUGGAUAUAAAUUAAAAUCCAUACUUAAUAUUAUAAAUGCGAAAGUAAUUCUGUCUGUUACUCUUUCACGCCUAAACCACUGAACCGAUUUGGACGAAAUUUGGUACGUAGAUAGAGUUGACCAUGAGAAAGGUCGUAGGCUACUUUUUGUUGCGAAAAAAGGGGUAGAAAGGGUUGAAAUAGGGGGUGAAUAUUUGUAUGGAAAUUUGCUAUCAUACAGACCACGCGGGCGAAGCCGCGGGCGGAAGGCUAGUUAUUUAUAAUCACGGCAAUUAUCUAGCUCGUACGAGUUCUAAUAGUAAUAAUGGCAACUAGAUACAUGAAAACUUUUAAUAAAUGCCCAAACCAAGACAAAUAGACAUGUCAAUAAAAUAAGAGACAGUAUCGUCAAGUCAGGCAUCAAAGGCUGUGGAUUUGUGUUUCUUCGGAUAGAUUAAUUUUCAGUAACUAGCCUACACUGUAUGUGCCAAUGUAAUGUGUGCAUUUGUACAAUUAUGACCCUUUUUUGUUUUAUUUCAGGAGAAAUGCCCUCAGAAGCUAUAGCCACAGCUGACCUAGUGUCAAAUAUGGAUAAAUUUUGUUCGAUAGUUUGAACAGUGAAAGUGCAGAAUUAAAAAGAGGAAAGCCAUUUUCCACAAAUUUAUCAAAAAAAUCACCACAUCUGGAUUUUUUCAAUAAAAUGAAAAUUAAAAUUACGAACAUGCAAUUUGUGGGCAGUUCGCAAAUUCCUCCAUCGCAACAAGGUUGGAUCUGGACUAUUAAUGCAGUAGAGCGGUUAUGGAAAAAUCUUACAUGGAAACAUAAUAAUAUAAAAACAUUAUGCACUCGACGCCUGCAACAGGAUCCAAUCGAAAAUUUAUUUGGCUCUAUAAGAGCAAAUUGUGGAGCCAACACAAAUCCGACUGUUGGUCAAUUUGUAGCGGCCUUGAAAACCACAAUCAUGUCCAACCUUGCACAUUUGUCGAGUGGUGGAAACUGUGAACUAGACGAUAAUGAAAGUAUAUUAAAGAAUUUUAAGAAAUUAUUUACACCCACACUCGUGCACACUGCCGAUGAAGAUAAAAAAGAACUGGACGAAACGCUUUGCUCCGCAACACUUUCAUCCGAUUCGGUAAAUGAAAGUUUUAUCGAACUUUCGUCUACUGAUAGUGCAGAAUUGCAGGCGUGUGCGUACGUGUGUGGGUAUUUAUUAAAAAGGAAAAAAAACGAGUGUAAAACAUGCAACAAUUUUCUUUUAGAAAAGGAAAUAGAUUAUAAUUGUAUGGUAUUUAUGGAAUUUAAAGAGUACGACGAUUUAAAAAAAUCGCUAAUGUAUGCGUCAAAAUCACUUGUAAACUGUGUGGAAUCUUGUGCGACUGUUAUUAAUGAACUUUUGCGCACAAAAUUCCACACAGUAAAUAUCCGUCAAACUAUAAUAAAUAUAGUUAAGGUUAAAGUAGAUUUUAAGUUUAUAACUUGCCACCACAAAGAAAAUGUGAACUUUAUAUUAAAUUCUGUAUUUUUAUAUGUGUUAAGCGUUUUUGUACUCUUAAAAAUGGUCAGUACAAGGAAGAGUCGUCGACUACACUAUUAAAGAAUAAAAUGAAUAUAAUAAAACAUAGAUAAAAUCUAUAUGAAAUUGUUUACUUUUCACCUUAUCCUUAACUAACUUUUUCUAGAGUUCAAGCGUUUUUUCCAUGUAUUAUUCUUCUGUUUGAAUUGGUUAACGAUUAAAAUAUACAUUAUUUCAAACAGAAGAAUAAUACAUGGAAGAAACGCUUGAAACUAACGAAUAAGCGAGCACCUUGGUUUUGAAUUUUCCCGCAUAAAAGUUUUAAAUUUCCCGCUAAAUUAGUUUCGUUGGGGAUACCAAUAGAUGUCGCUAUGAAAAAUCGUCUACCAUUUUUUUGUAUGGAGUUGAUAUUCUUCUUAGUAUAUGUGUUCUGUGAUUUCCGUGCGGUGGCGGUGGCGUAUUGGUAUCAGAGUGACAGUGAUUUUUAUUUAUUAAGUGAGUAUAUUAAUUUGUUCUUUUGUAUAAUUUACUUCUCUUUAUUAAAAUUAGUGUUAUUUAAAAUACCUAUUAUUUGAUUUUUUUAUCAUAAUCCAAUCAAAUGUAAAAGUUACAUACAUACAAAUGCCAGUACCGCGAAUUUAGUUUCUAUUACUAUACUAUCCCAUACUGAGCUGCAAAUUGCAAAAAACUUACGAUAAUUUGAAUUUUGCGGGCCACCCUGGAGCAUCCACCUUAACCUCGUACCGCCCCUUGUACAUUAUAAUGUAGGUACAUAAUAUUAGAAAUCAUUAAAGCCCAAACAUAUUUAAAAAAAGUACACGUAAACGCCCAGCGUACAUUACGAUGAACAAAAUAAAUUUUGUGGAAAGUUUAAAUUUCCCGCCAGGAUACAUAUUAAUGGUGACUUUUAUUUGAUUUGUGUUUAAUGCUGUCAACGUUUUGACGUCUGUCAACUUGAUAGAAACCAUUGGUUAAACGUCAAAAUUGCACACACGUGGCAAGAUGGCGAGCCGGCAGAUACCACGUCUGGGGGAUGUUGAUAUUGAACAAUUAUUGGUCGAUUCAGAAAUUGAGGACUUUGUUCCUUCAGACGAAGAUGUAGGGGAUCCGGAAUACAUGCCAGUUUUCGGAUCGCCAGAAAAUAGAACGGAAACUGAAAAUGAAACGGAAUCGGAAGCGGAAGAAAGGCCAGUUAGACGUGCUCAAGGUCGAGGACAUGGUGCUGGGAGAGGACGUGGUGCUGGGAGAGGACGUGGUGCUGCUAGUGGACGUGGUGCUGCGAGAGGACGUGGUGCUGAGCGAGGUCGGAGAGGGGUAAGAAGGGGAAGGGUGAGGGGUCCUAAUUCAACGGUUGAGACAUCAUCAAAUGGGUCCUCGGUACCUUCAAGCAACUGGACCAUACAAGAGUUUCAUCCUCAAACUCCAGUUUUAUUAGAGCCGGCCUAUUUGCCACUAAAUAGUCAAGGUUAUCAGAAGCAAGAUUAUUGGAAGCAAUAUAUAACCGACGAUUUAAUUGAUUUAAUAGUCCAGAAAAGCAACCAAACCGCAGUUGAGAGACAUGGGCGGAGCUUAAACUUGACCGCAGUCGAAACACAUGUGUACCUGGGUAUAACAUUAGUAAUGUCUUCCAUCAAUUAUCCUAAUCUGCGAAUGGCUUGGGAGAAGAAAUGGAAGGUGCCUGUCAUAGCUGAUAAUAUGUCUCGAAACAGAUUUCUUCAGCUGAGAAACAGUUUGAAAGUUGUAUUUGACAAUGAUAUCACGCCGCAAAUGAGAUCUCAGGAUAUACUUUGGAAAGUUCGCCCUCUAAUCCAAUAUAUGCAAGUUGGUUGCCGCGCUCAACAAAAAGACCAAAGCCUCUCCUUAGACGAAAUGAUCAUCCCAUUUACCGGGUCAUGUUCCAUAAAACAGUACUGUCCGGGAAAACCUAAUCCUGUAGGCAUAAAAGCAUUUGUCUUAGCAAAUCCAGAUGGAACUGUGUGUGAUUUCCAAGUUUAUCAAGGGCAAACGACCUUUUCAGACUAUGCUGAUACACCUUUUGGAUUGGGUGAAAAAGCAGUAUUAACAUUGGCUGACCAACUAGUACCAGGACAUAUACUCUAUUUUGAUAGAUUUUUUACCUCAGAAAAGUUAUUUGAUGAACUUGAAAAGAGGGGUAUCAAGGGGACGGGAACUAUUAUGAAAAAUAGAAUACCAUAUGAUGUGAGAGAAUCAAUAAUAAGUGAUAAUGAACUAAAGUCUCAGGGAAGGGGAAGCUUUCAAGUUUUGGUCAGAAAUGAUAAACGUCUUGCACUUACGAAAUGGUAUGAUAACAAACCAGUACUGUUAUUGUCUUCUGUGGAGGCUGAUGUUGAGGUUGAUGAAUGCAAAAGAUGGUGCAAAAAAGACAAACGUUAUGUAAUUGUGCCAAGACCAAGAGUUGUUAAGGAGUAUAAUAAAAAAAUGGGAGGUGUCGAUUUAGCCGAUCGCAUGUUGGCUGUUUGCCCUAACAGAUAUCGUACCAGAAAAUGGACACAACGAUUUUUCUCACACAUGAUUGAUUUAGCUGUUACAAACUUCUGGUUGCAGUACAAAAACGAUCAGGUAAAAUUAGGAGUUCCUUCAACAAAAAUACUGCAACUGCGUGCCUUUAAAAUGGAACUAGGAGAAAUGCUCAUUGAGUCACAUGUUUUUACAAAUUCUGAUCACGAAGAAGCAUCUGAAACAGAAGUAGUUUCAGCUAGAAGAAAGGGCCGACCUUCAACGGUUGUAGUGCCGAGCGUGAAAUUUCGUACCCAUGCAGCUAAACACCUCCCUAUGAUAAGUGAUGGUAAUUCUAGUAGAUGCCGUCACUGUCAUUACAAUAGGACUCUAUUCAAAUGUAUGCAUUGCAAAGUAAGUUUAUGCCUCACGAGAUACCGUAAUUGUUUUUUUGAUUUCCAUCAGAAUGAUUCAGAUAAUUAGUACAUUUAUCAUUUUCAUGUUUUUUGUAAACAAUACUUACGUUAGAUAUUGUUUAUGCGUAGUUUUUAUUUUUUGUUAUUAGAGAACAAUGUUUAUUUUUUGAUUUUUAUUAGGUAUAUUUGGAAGUUGAUUAUUUAAGAGGAGAUUUGAAAAAGAUAAUUAUAUGUUUUGUUAAUUUUUAAAUAUUUUAGAGGCUUUCAUUAUUUCGUUUCCGUUCGUUUGAAAAAAAGGUGAUUACUUUUGACAGACUUGUGUUAAGACUAUUUCUUUUUUAGAACAGCUAGUGCUUAAUGUUUUAGUACUUUUUAGGUUUUUUGAAGUUUCUUAUUUAUCUGGAUAAGAUAAAACAUUAUUUGUAAUUUUAUUUUAGAGGCAUAUUUCAAUAACUAUCACAGCAAUAGGAAGGUGGUUAAAUUUAAGAGACUUGUCUUAAAGACUGAAUUCAAUUAAGGAUCUCAAUGUGUGAUUAUUACAUAACCAAAAAUAAAGAAAUUGAUUUAUAAAUACUUUUUUCUUUAUAUCCUUUUCACAUGAGUAACACCCAAUAUACAGUUAAAUGAACAAAAUAAAUAACCUCAAUGUAGUAAGUAACGCCUAAUGUCCAUUUAAAUGAACAAAAUAAAUCGCCUUAAAAUUUAAUUCUUGAUCUUCUACGUAACGCCAGGUUAUACCCAAAAAUAUAAAAAAAAUCGUAUGCACAUAUUUACGAAAAAAUAAGUGCAUUCUUGCUUGGGCACUUACAAUAACCUCAUAUUAUGUACAUUAAAAUGAACACUGGGCAUUUAGCUCUCACGAUAUUUUUUAUGCUUGGGCGUUACGAGGUUAAAACAUGUUUUAACUAAUGAAGGUUUAUACCUUCGGUAAGCGUUAUAUCUAUACUAAUAUUAUAAAGCUGAAGAGUUUGUUUGUUUGUUUGUUUGUUUGUUUGUUUGAACGCGCUAAUCUCCGGAACUACUGGUCCGAUUUGAAUUAUUCUUUUUGUGUUGAAUAGUGCAUUUAUCGAGGAAGGCUAUAGGCUAUAAAACAUCACGCUAUGACCAAUAGCAGCCAAGCAGAGCGGGUGAAACCGCGCGGAAGUAGCUAGUUAUGAAUAAGACAGUUAGUGUUCCAUCUUUCAAUAUGUAUUUUUAUCCGAAAACUAUUUUGCUAAAGCUAUUUUGUUGUCCUCACAGGAUGGCAAUAUUACCAAUGAGAAAAAUCAUAGCUGCGAGCCCGAUGAAUUCAAAAAUGUAAUGACAAAAAAGCUGGAUGAUUUAAGAGAUAAAGUGAUGAAGCCUGAUUUCGCCCCAAUACCAAACAUAUAUAACAAAUUCAAAUCACAAUUCUGCGCUACUGAAUCAGAUUUGGUGAGAAAUAUCACAUCGUUUGCAAACAUCAAAUCAAAAUUGUAUUAUGCAAGAAACAACGCAGCUGGUGUAAAAAAAAUUAAAUGUAAAUCAAUUGAUGAAGUAGAAGUUCCAUUACAAUUCAGAGAUUUUUUAGAAAUUAUUUGAAAUUUUGAAACAAAACAUUCCUGGGUGGGAACCCGUAAAAUUUUUAACAGAUUUUGAACUAGCCGCAAUGAACGCCAUUACAAUUGUUUUUCCGUCAGUUGUGAUUAAAGGAUGCUACUUUCAUUAUUCCAAAAAUGUAUGGAAAAAAGCAAAACAGUUGGAUCUGACAAAAGAUGCUAUCACCCAAAGACAUGUAAGACUUUCAGCUUUACUGCCUUUACUUCCUCGUAAAUUCAUAUGGAUGGUGCUACAUAAUGGAAGACUGUCCUGAUACUGACGCCAUUCAAACAUUUAAUGACUACAUGGUGUCAAUUGUGACAUGGCCAUUGCCAUAGCCAUUGGGCUAGAGAACGAGAGUUUUGUAGACAUUUGGUGCGUUCAUGGUGAACGCCAUCGAACCACAAAUGCCGUAUCUUGGCAUAAGAAAUUAAACUCGGCUGUGCCAAAGAAUGCUAAUUUAUAUCAGCUUCUGAACGUGCUGAAAGAGGACGCAGAUUUACAAACAGUGGUUGUUACUCAAUAUAAAUCAAACGCACCCCCGCAAAACGAUGUGCACAGACAACUAUUAUGAAAAAUUCGUGGAUCACAUACGUAACUGACCAACUCCUCAAAAACAAAAUCUCCGUAGGUCACUGCUUAGAAAAAUUAAGGAUUUAGCUACUAAUUGUUGAAAUAUAAGAAAUUAUUUACACGUUAUUUAGCUGAUUAUACUAAUAGUUGAUUUUCUGUGAUAUUUUAUAAUUCUUAGAUUAUAAGUGAAUUAUUCAUAUAUGACAUUUUUGCAAAAAAAAAUUGCUGAUUCAUUGCUAUAUAGGUGAAGAAUGACUGAUUUGAUUAAACAAUAAGUUGAUUUUCUGUGAAAUUUUACAAUUGUUUAGGUAAGGUUAGAAUUCAUUGCAAAAAAAAAUUGCUGAUUCAUUGCUAUGUAAGUGAUGAUGACUGAUUUGAUUAUACAAAAAGUUGAUUUUCUGUGAUAUUUUAUAAUUGUUAGAUUUAAAGUGAAUUUUUCAUAUUAGAUAUUAUUGCAAAAAAAAAAAUGCUGAUUCAUUGCUAUGUAGGUGAUGAAUGACUGAUUAGAUUAUACAAAAAGUUGAUUUUCUAUUAUAUUUUACAAUUGUUAGAUAAAAAGUGAUUUAUUUUUGUUAAAGAUUUACCUGACAUAGUUGUUAUGAGAUAGGUAGAUGUGAAUAAUUACGUACCUAUCUAAUAAUAACUAUGUCAGAUAAAUUUCAAUAUAAAUUGGACGUAAAUAAGCGGAAAGGAUCCAACCCACACUAUGGUCGAAAAUGAGUUAUAUGUAUAUACCAAAACACUCUUUGUAGUCAAUACUUUAAUAUUAAAAAAACAAUCCAUGUAUUUCAACGCAUCAUGUCAUAAUGACUAUACGUUACCAACCCCAAUACAUGUUAUUGCAGUUCAUCACUUUUUUUAUAGAUAUCGCUCCAAGCUACUUAGAUCGUUAUUAAUAAAAUCAUAUUUACUAAAUCACAUAUUAGUAAAACGAUCCAAAGUACUUUGAUAAUUGUAAUUCCAAAGAUAUUAUUUAAUGAAAACGAUUCAUGUGGCAUGGAUCGUUUUCUUUUUAUUCGAAAUCAUUACUUAAAAUGACUUGGUAAAUAUCGAUAACGAUCCAUGUUAACUUGGAUCCUUAUAUUGAAGUUUAUUGUGUACCUAUUUUUGCAAACAGGAACCAACCCUCAAUUUGAGUGAAAUUGAGUUAAAUAUACAGAUAGCGCUACAAUCACCCACUCUAUCUUCCCAAAAGAUAUGGUUCCUUUUUACCGACUAACAACAGAGGUACAGACUGUCAAUAGCGGAACCAACCCAUUUUGGCCCAUCUUUAAAAAAACUGGAAAGAACUAUAUGGCAUAGUACCCUAAACACUUAUUAAAACCAAUUGUUAUACAGACCCAUGACACUUGGUAACUUUUGAACCUAAGCAUUUUAAUUAUGCAAACCAGAACCAAUGUCGGUUGGUUCCAUCUAACACAAAAAGUUACAAUACUUUUAUAUCUGGUUAAGAUUAACCUAAUUUGAAUAAUCUUGAAGGAACCAUAUAGCAUAGUUCUUUAGAGUGUUAAAAUUUUGCAUUAUAUAAACAUACUUUAGAGGGUGGUAGUGUGUGAUCUAAGGUGUAGACCAAAUGAAAGACCGAUGACGACUGAAAGUAUAUUGUUCCUUAAUAAGACGGAUACACAGUGCGCGUGUUCACAUAAUGAACAAUGAAAUGAAUAAACAAUACCUAUAAUUUAUUACAUCCGAAAUAUAAACUGUAACUUUGUUUACGUUGCAACUUGACACGCCUUAAGUAGUACUUAUACGCUAUGCCGCUACACUACUCCCCCCCUUUUUAAAAGAAACACUUUAACAAAACAAAGCGGGGUAUUGAUUUAACAAUCACUUAAAACAAUAUUAUAGCUAAAACUAACAAACCAACAAUAGGUAUAUUUAUUAUCAAGUACACUCUAGUUUAACAAUUAACAAUGGUUCGAAAUUUAAUAGGUUUAUACAAAUACACUUAAAUCUAGUGAUUUAAGUGUAUUUGUAUAAACCUAAUUUAGAGUUAAGGUCUAUUAGUAAUAGACCUUAACUCUAAAUUAGACAGGAAAUACAAAUAACAUUAACUUAUUACUAUAAUAUGUUUACUUAAAAAUUAAAACGUACAGGUUUUUUGCUGACUCGGCCGCUGCGCGUUGUAAGCUUUGUGUCCCUAAUGUCGAAUCUUGUUCUAGCUCAAAUGUAGUAUCAAUAGAGAGUAAGGAUUGCAGCAGAGAAGCAGAUAAAAUGGUGUGUAGGAUCACAGCCAAUGUUGAACUGCUGAUAUCAGGAAUGAAGCAAUCUUUGUGUUUUAUAGCCAAAGAUGUAGAGACUGGAGCAGUGAGCAUGUAUGUAGUCAUUAGAAUUCAAUCCCUGAGAUUAGAGUGUGUUCAGACUUCUCUGUAUUACACAUUCCAACCAAAACUAAAUGUCAUUAAUCAUUCAAAUUGUUAUGGGAGAGAUUACUGUAGUGAAGGAGCAGAACAAUCUUGCAAAAAAUUCUUGGAUCAAGAAAACAUGGCCAAUGAGAUGUUUCCUGCACACUUAUAUUAAGAAAUGUGGAUUAAAUGCUGGAUGUGCUGGCAAUGGCUGUUUUUAUUGCUCCGAUGGAUGUGCUUUCAGUUCAAUUUCAGUCGAAAACCCAAAUCAAGAAUCAUACCAGGUCAUGUCAUGCUCUUCUUGGAGAUACAAGGUCAUUGCUGACAUAAAUCUCAAAAGAUCAGGAUUGAGCUUCAUCCAUACUCUAUCUUUGGAGGAUGCUACCAGUAAGGAAGUUGAUGAUCUCACAUUCACUUUAAAAUCAGCCACCACAUCCCCAUCAGGUAUCAUAAGUAAGUGCUUCAUGAGGAAAGCUGGCUUGAUAGCAAUGGUAGACUGUCAGGGCACAUCAGAGAUGAAUUCUGGGAAAGUGGGGGAAGUCAGAUGCCAAACUGUGAAUGAUGCCUUAUAUCCUGGACCAAAUUGUAAAAUAGCCAGCUCAAGCGUUAUUACAGAAAGAGCAGGCUGGAGCUGGCUGGCCAAGUUAAAUAGUGUAAACAUAUCGAAACAAUUCAUGAAUGGUUUAUUACCACAAGCAUAUGGUGGAUACUUAGUUCAAUCUGACUCGGAUCAAAUUUUCAUGUUGGCACCUCCGAAUAGUAUCUUGUCAAUAAACCUUCAAA